UGUCAUAGCAACUAAGAAACAAUCUACAUCAGUCAGGAGAAGAAAAACAGAGGGAUCAUAUACGGAUUUCUCCAUGGCAUCCUCCGAGGAGAAAAAAAAGCCACUCACCCAUGCUGCCUUACGUGAGAAAUUACUGAAAGAAGAAGAGAUGCUGGCAAAAUUUAAAGAGUUUUCUAAAUUUCUUCAAAGCUGGGAACGUGGCCGAGUCAUGUGCCUGCAGCUGAAAUCACAGGAAGACAGAUGUUUUGCAAGAAGCGGGAAGAGGCACCAAGCAGAAAUGAAAGAAGAAAUGCACUAUGCUAAUAAACAGCUGAUGAUGCUUCGACAGGCAGCUUUAAAGCAUCUCUUAAGUACUGAACACCUGCAAUACCAGCUGGAAUUUAACCAUUUGGGAAUGUCAUUCUAUGCUGAAAGGCUCUGAGAAUCUCAAACAUAUGUAACAGUUUGGGCUGUAAUACGUAGGGUAGAUAUUUUCAUGCAAUACUCUGUAUCUAGAAAGAAUGUUUUCCUCAAUAUCAAUUAAAUAUCAUAUAAAAUUUUAAA